AUGUGGACUUACCAGGUUUGCGUUACAACAAUAUUAUUAUUUGGGGCGUUCGUAUCUUCAGUAGUAAAAGAUAAAAAUACAUAUACCCAUAAUGAUUAUACCAAUGUGAAUAUUGGUAACAAAAAUGAGAGAAGAGACAGCCAACAAAGCCUUAACUUGUCGAUCGUUUCAACUCUACCAGAAAUCGUGGAGAGAAUUAAUUCUAUAGUGAAUCACUCACAAGGAGGAGAUUGGGUAAAUGCAAUAGAUGAACUUAUCAAGCAGGUAUCAGAUCGCUUAGAACAUGGACACAUAGUGCCAGAACCACAGAUCGCUUAUCCUGGAAAACAACUACCUAUAAAAGAGAAGCGUGGACCAAAUCUGUUAAAAUUACUUGGUAUAAGAAAUAUCAAAUCCGUCCAAGCUUAUCAACAUCAGAAUAAAGAUAGAAAUCAAAAGCCAGAUCUUCCAUACCAUAAACAUCAUUUAUUUCAUAAAUUAAUUGCAACACUUCAGCAGUUUGGUAAAUUUCGUAAUCAACUUUCAGACUCAAACGGAUCAACUGAAAAUGGCAUGUUUAUAAAAAGUCGAGACAAAUUAAGGUCUGGAAACGAAAAUAAAUUGCAUAGAUUAUUACAGGGAGUACACCCCGUGGAUAAUCUACAGAGUUCCAUACUAGAGGGGAAUGGUGAUCAUUCUGGUAACGAACUCGGAGUUUUACUGCAUGGACCAGGCAGGCACAGAUUUCCGAAACCGGCACAACACGGAAUAAGAAACAGUACCAAAGAGGGAUUGCACCCCAUGGAAAUUCUACAUAGUUUUAUACCCGAUGUGAACGGUAAUAGUUCAGGGAACAUGCUCGCCAUUUUACUGCAUGGACCAGGUCCGCAUAGAUUUCCCCAUCCUGAACAACACGGAAAUCGAAAGGGUACCAAACAGGGAUUACGUCCCAGGGAAAAUCUACAUAGUUUCAUAUCCGAGGGAAACGGAGAAAUGUCUGGUAACAAUCUUGACGUUUUACUGCAUGGACCCGGUCCGCAUCCCCAUCCUGAACAACACGGAAAUCGAAAUGGUACCAAACAGGGAUUACGUCCCAGGGAAAAUCUACAUAGCUUCAUACCCGAGGGUAACGGAGAAAUGUCUGGUAACAAUCUUGACGUUUUACUGCAUGGACCCGGUCCGCAUGCCCAUCCCGAACAACACGGAAAUCGAAAUGAUACCAAACAGGGAUUACGUCCCAGGGAAAAUCUACAUAGUUUCAUACCCGAGGGUAAAGGAGAAAUGUCUGGUAACAAUCUUGACGUUUUACUGCAUGGGCCAGGUGGUCAUGGAAAACCCCACCCUGAACAACAUAGGGACGGUACCGAGCAAGGGUUAAAUAGAAACCCUAAUAGAAAUCCUGGAAGAGAUCAUCCACAUCGCAAGCAUGGAAUAGAUAUAGAUAAGCUAACACCUACACAACUACAUAGUCUUCUCCAGUAUCUCAGAAAACUUAAAGAAUCUAACGGCAGGGCAACUUUUGAACCGAAACUACAUGAACUGUGUUGUAUUGUGGGCUAA